AUGUUCUCGCGAAAUAAUUGUUCAAUUGAAUUAAUUCCAAAUGAAAAUCUUUCAUCAUUAAACAAAUUAAUUCUUUUAUCAAAAAAAAAUCUAAAAUAUUUAAAACGUGUUCAAUGUUGUUAUUCUAUUCCAAUAAUCUUAUUUGAAUUAUUUAUUCCAUUAAUAUUUAUAUUAAUAAUUCUUUAUUUUUCUCAUUAUUAUUUCAAUAAGAAUAAUUUAAAUGAAAUUUUCUUUGAAAAAAAUCAAUAUAAUAAAUGUUCACAAUAUUCUUUAAAAGAAUUUGAAGAGAAAAAACAUUUUUUAUCAUUCGAUCAUUGUUUAAAUAAUGAAAAUGAUUUGUUUAUUGAUAAAUAUAAUGAAAUAAAUCUAAUAAUACGUUAUUUAAAACAAUCCGAUCAUAAUAAAGAUUUCUCUCAAAAAUUUCUUCACAAAUUUUCUCAAAAAGUUCAUUCAAAGAAUUGUUUAUCAAAGAAGAAAUUUCAUAUAAAAUUAUGGAAUGAUUUAUCGAUGAAGAAUUUAAAUGAUAAUUCUAUAUUAUUUAAUGAAACAAAUGGGUUAAAUUUAAUCAUUAAUAUAAAUGAAUUAUCUAUUGAAUUAUUUCAAUAUGAUCUUAUUGUUCAAAUUAUUCCAAAUGAUUUAUUUUUACAAAAAAUUUUAAAUAAAAUUGAUUUUUCUUUUCUAAAUCGACAUCAACAUCCAUCUGAACAAUUUGAUCUCUUUCAAAAUAAAUUUCCUCCAUAUUCUAAUCUAAAAUUAUUUGUUGAUUCAAUUUAUAUAAGUUUAAUAUUAGAUGAUGAUGAUUUUGAUAUUCCAUUAAUAGAUUUUCUUGUUUUACCUUGUCCAUCAUAUCGUUGUGAUAAAAGUAUUCCAACACGAUGGUCAUUUCUAUUAAUGGAAUUGAUUUUAUCAAUAACAUUUGUUUUUUAUUCAUUUAUUAUUAUUUAUUUUCUAAUUAAAGAUAAAUCAAUGAAAAUAAAACAAAUUAUUCAAUUAAUUCAUAUUCAACCAUUUAUUUAUUAUUUAUCUGCAGCAUUAAUACAUUUUUUUAUUCUACAAUUUAUUACUUUUACUAUUUCAGGUCAAUAUGGAAUUCCAUCAUCAUGGAAUUUUCCAUUUUCAAUACAAUAUUGGAUUCAACAUUUUAAUUUAAAUCAAAUGAAUCUUUUUCAAAAGAAAUAUUCAGAUGAAACUUUCAGGUCUUCUUCUUCUUCGUCAUCGUCAGAAGAUGAAUUUCAUGAAAAUGAAAAUAAUUUAAUUGUUGAAAUUGAUUCACUUUAUAAAUCAUUUGGUGAAACAAAUCAAUUUGUUCUUAAUAAUAUUCAUUUUAAUUUAUAUCAAAAUCAAAUAACAACUCUACUUGGACAUAAUGGAGCUGGUAAAACAACAAUAAUGAAUAUUCUUUGUGGAAUAUAUGAACAAACAUAUGGUUCAAUAAAAAUAUUUAAUUAUGAUACAAAAUAUCAUAUGGAUUAUUUACGUCAAUUUAUAUCUUAUUGUCCACAACAUGAUAUUUUAUUUGAUUUAUUAACUGUUGAAGAACAAAUUUAUUUUUAUAUUAUAGCAAAAGGUUAUUCAAAAGAUAAAGAAACAAUUUGUUCAGAUUUUCUUGAAAAAGUAAAUUUAACAAAUGAUCGAAAUACAUUUUGUAAAAAUUUAUCUGGUGGAAUGAAAAGACGUUUAUCAAUUGCAUGUGCAUUUAUUGGAAAUACAAAACUUGUUUUACUUGAUGAACCAUCAAGUGGUCUUGAUCCAAUAAAUCGUCGUAAUUUAUGGUCAUGGAUUCAAUCAAUGAAAGAAAAUCGUACAAUAUUGUUAACAACACAUUUUUUAGAAGAAGCUGAUGUUUUAUCUGAUCGUAUAAUAAUUUUAUCAAAUGGAAAAAUAAUUGCAAAUGAUACAAAUAAUCAAUUAAAAUUCAUUUAUGGAACUGGUUAUAAAUUAAUUCUUAAUACUUUAAAUAAUUCAUUAAAUAAAAAUAUAUUUAAAAUAAUAAAUGAAAUUUUCUUAAAUUCAAAUAUUCAAUCAGAAAUAAAUAAUCAAUUAAUUAUUCAAACAAAUGAAACACAAUCAAAUUUAUUUAUUAAAUUAUUUUCUCAAUUAGAUCUUUUAAAAGAAAAUAAUCUUAUUUUAAAUUAUGGUUUAACAAAUACAACGUUAGAUGAUGUAUAUUUUCAUCUUAUAAAUAAAAGUGAAGAUAAAAUGGAAAAAGAUGAAGAAAAUCGUGAUUUGAUUGAAAAUAAUUGUUUGGAAAUUUUUAAUAAAAGUAAUGUUUAUGAAAAUUUUCAAUUUUAUUUAAGUCAAUAUGAAGGUUUAUUAAUCAAAUCAUUUCUUAUUUAUUCAAGAUCAUUAAUUUUCUUUUUCUUUAUUUGUUUUUUAACAUUUUUUAUUAAAAUUUUAAUUGAAGAAAAAAAUGAAAAUAUUCAAAUAAAAUAUUCAUUUAAUGAUUUAUCACAUUUAAAUAAACAUUAUAUAUUUCUAUCAUUUAUUAAUAAUAAACAAGAAAAUUAUGAAAUCAUUCACAAAAUUAAUAAAUCCAUUCAUAAAUAUUCACCUCAUACUCAUCUUCUUAUAUUAAAUAAUAUAACAAAUAUUAUUCAAUUUAAUCAAUUCUUUUUAGGUAAAUAUAUAUUUAUGAUUGAUCAUUCCCUAACAGAAACAUUUUCUUUAGAUGGUCGUAAAUCUGUUGAAAGUCGAUAUUUAAAUGAAUAUGUUGGUAUAUUUAUUGAAAAUGCUGAUAAGAUUUGUGUGUUAACAUCUCAUUUAUUAAUUGGUUAUGAAUGGUUGCCUGUAAUUAUUGAAUAUUUAUGUAAAGGUUCAUGUCGAAUAUCAAGUGAAUUAAUAUUUUUGGAAAAUAAUUUAAAUAAAAAACUGCAAAUAAAUUUUAUUGAAUUUAUUAAAAAUUUUUCAUUAUUUAGUUGUUUUUAUUUAAUUUAUCCAGGAGAAAAAAGUUUAUUUUAUUUAUUAACAUAUUAUUUAAUUUAUAUUUAUAUUUUUAUAUUAUUAAAUAAUGAAAAUAACCAAUUAAUUAAAUUAUUAAAAAUCUUUGGUUUAAAUCCAUUGAUUUAUUGGACAUCAAAUUAUUUCUUUCAUCUUCUAUUAACUUCAUUUUAUUCAUUUAUUAUUUAUUUCAUUUUUUCAUUUAAUCAAUAUUAUGAAACUAAUUCAUUAUCUUUAACAUUAAAACAAAUUCUUUAUGAAAAUAAUAUUUUUAUUGAAAAAAAUUUUUUUUUAUUAACUUUUAUAAUAUCUUUAUCAACAUUACCAUUUAUUUAUCUUAUUACAAAAAUAAUAAAAAAUGAUUUAAUUGGAGGUUUAUUAAUUUAUUUGAUGUUAAUAUUAAUUGAAAUAUUUGAUUUAAUAUUAUGUGUAAUAUUAAUAAUGAGAAAAAGUCAAAGUUGGGAAUUAGAAAUAUUGUAUUGGUUAAUGAAUAUAAUAUUUCCUUCAUUAAAUAGUAAACGUUUAAUUUCAAUAAUAUUAAAUAAAUCAUCAAAUGAUCUUUGUAAAAUAAUUUUAAAUGAUGAAAAUAUUUUAUUAAAAUUUGGUUCAAUUCGACGAACAAAUGAAAAUGAUUAUUUGAUUUAUUUGUUAAUAAAUUUAUUUCAAAUAAUAUUUUUCUUUUUCUUUCUUUAUUUAAUUGAUAUGAAUAAAUUUAAUAAGAAAAUUCAUUUAAAUGUCGACGAAGAAGAUUUCAAUGAAGAUGAUAUUGAUGAAGAUGUUUUAGAAGAAAGAAAUCAUAUUGAUAUUGAAUUAAAUCCAUUUGUUUGUUAUGAUCUUAUUAAAAAAUAUUCAUCACAAUCAAAUUUAAUUCUUAAUCAUCUUACUUUUCAUGUUGAAAAAGGAGAAUGUUUUGGUCUUUUAGGUUUUAAUGGAGCUGGUAAAACAUCAUUAUUUAAAAUAAUUGUUGGUGAAGAAAAACCUACAAAUGGUUCAAUAUAUUUAAAUGGUAAAAACUAUGAAAAUAUUUUCAAUGGAGUUAGUCGAGAUAUUGGAUAUUGUCCACAAUAUAAUUGUUUUAUUUCCAAAUUAACAUUAGAAGAACAUUUUUAUUUGUUUGCACGUUUACGUGGAAUAUUUUCUUUUAAAAUUCAACAAAUUAUUUGUUCAUUAUCAAAUAUAUUUUUACUUGAUUUAUAUCUUAAGAAAUAUAUUCAUCAAUUAAGUGGAGGAACUAUUAGAAGAUAUCAUACUGCUGCAGCUUUUAUUGCUUCACCAACAAUUAUUCUUUUAGAUGAACCAACAACAGGUGUUGAUCCAUAUAGUUGUCAUAAAAUGCGUGAAAUAUUUUUAUAUGCAUUAAAUAAUGAGAUAACAUUAAUUUUAACAUCACAUUCAAUGGAAGAAUGUGAAUUAUUAUGUCGACGUAUUGGAAUAUUAUCUAAUGGACAGUUUAAAUCUUAUGGAUAUAUUGAAAAUUUAAAAAAUAAAUUUGGAAAUAUUUAUACAAUUUUUAUUAAAUUUAAAUUUAAUUUUCAAAUCAAAUCAUUUUAUUUUUAUUUAAAAAAAUAUUUAAAUAUUAAAAUUUAUAAUAAAACAGACAAAACAAUAAUUUAUCAAGUUGAAAAUAGUUCACCAGCAAAAUUAUUCCAAUUAAUUGAACAAAUUAAAGAUGAAUUUUGUAUUGAAACAUAUUCUAUACAACAAAUGACAUUAGAACAAAUCUUUUUUUCUUUACAAAAUUCAGAUCAAUAA